AUGGAGUUGAUUGUGGACAAUAUUCCAGGUAUCAUCUACCCUUCAGGGAUCUGUAUGAAUAAAGCCUGGAGACCCCUUUUGGUCGAGGAACUUCGCGCGAAAGAGGCGAGAGCGCUCAAUGUCGGCUGGGAGGAGUCACAAUUGAAUCCCAAGAACCGCAUUGACAGCCUCGCCUUGCUUUCUCACCCGCUUUGGCGAAUCGACGGCUGCAUGUCAUCAGGCACCCAGUUCUUCGCUGUGCCCUUGUUCAUGGGGCCAAUCGCUCCAAUGCGUAUUGAUAUCGUUGUUAGCAUUCCCCAAAACAAGUGGGAAGACAUGGAUGCGAACCAUACAACUCUCCACGACCUUCUAGAUCUAGGCAGGGCGUUCCACACACGAGACUCCGUGAGGGUCCGCAGACUAGGCAUUACUAGAUACAUCUUGAGAAUCCUUCAGCUCCGCACCGUGAGCGGUGGCGAUAUCUGCCCGUCCAUAAUCAGCCGCGUUUACGAGACUGGGCCUUUUGGGACCUUGAUCACGAUUCACAUCCCCACGUGCCAUAUCAACGACGCAAAGGUACAGAUCGUCCGGAACUACAACUUGGAGGCGCAUAUGCAUUCUUAUACACUUCUGAAGAAGCUGUGGGAAGGCGAGAACAUUGAGCAGUACCCUCCAGAGGUGGACAUGGCGGAUCUGCGGCUCGUCCGACAGCUGUCCGACACGAUCACUGUAGUCCGCCCGAACCCGAAGCGUUGUUCAGGACUCAAUGGCUGUGGCUUCAACCUUAUGGUCUUCAAGUCCGUGGCUUUUGCCGCGUCUAUCAAAUACUUGUAUCACGAAUUGCGAGUGUUGCUUCAACUGCCACCGCACCCCAACAUCAUCAAACCGUUGUUCAUUGUCACAAAGGUCAACAAAUUCGGCAGCAAAAGGGGAGUCGUGGGCUUCAUCCUUCCGUACUACCCUUUGGGAAGUCUUCGGGAUCACCUCCCGUUUCUACGCAUACACGGUCAACUUCAUCUGCGAGAUCAAUUACGCUGGGCUGAGCAGAUUACUCUGGCGUUGAAGCACAUCCGCACUGUCGGCAACACUUACUACCCGGAUUUGAGGCUGGACAACUUGCUUCUGACAGACUCAUAUGACAUAAUGCUCAUAGAUUUCGAGCAGCGCGGUGUUUGGCUUGGAUUCUCAGCCCCAGAGGUUGACUUUGUCGAAUGCCUACGGUCCGUGGCCGACGCUGAGGACGACGAGGAGGCGAGAAGUGACAACACGCUCCGAUUUCAAGCCCGCAGAUUGCUGACAGAAUCCUUGCCGUCUUGGCGAAGUCUUCACAACAAUGUCACUUAUGAGAAUCCAAGAUUCGGUUACAACAUUCCAUGGCUUGCGCUCCGCCCUGAUCAAUACGAGGCAGCAAUGGUCUAUAUGCUUGGACGCACCCUUUGGUGCAUCUUCGAAGGCAUGAGCGCCCCCGAUCAGGAUUGUGUCUGGGCUUCGUACCCGAGAGAACCCGAAAUAUCGUGGCCGAACUAUCAGAGUGCUCCAAAGCAACUACGUAUUCUGGUCGAUAUGUGCAUAGGCGACAGGGUGAAGCAGAGGUACCCGGGAAUCAUUCGCCACAAAAGCAAAAUCUUUCUGACACCCGACACGGCCAACGCAAACAAUUAUUGGGAUGGAAUGGAGAGGGAGAUGUUCUCUCCUGGUCAUGAAGAGGAUGCUGGAUGGCUAGUCGACUUGUCCUACUGCCUUCAUAUGCGGUGGCUGCAAAUCGCAUGCUUCUCAGCCUCGAUGAUGGCCGAGGACAGGAGUCAAUCCGCUGCAUCGCGUGACAAAAUUCGGUCCUAUCAACAUAGAGCUUCACUUUCACAAGUACUGCAAGCCUUGGUCCAGGUGAAGAAGACAUUCACUGCUAAUCCGACGGCUUUGGUCGCUCCAAAGUACAGACUUGGCGAACUCGAAAGGAUGCCCCAGGAAGACCACCCCCGGAAUGAGACAGAAUUCAAUGGGUCAAGCGAGCUUUCCGAGUACUUGAACCCUGAUCGGUACGAGCACUGGCUAUCGGAGAUGCUCGGCUUGAAUAAAGAAAUGUGCCAGCUCCAACAGCAAUCACAGGAUCUGUCCAAUGAGAUCAGUGCAGCUCAGGAUACGGCAUCUCUCAAAGCCAAGCUCAAAGCUGUUGAUGACCUGGAGACACUUUUCAAUAUCAACCAGAUCAAGAUGGAGGCUGUGAUGGAUGGACAAGAGCUCCUUCUUCAUCCCAUGGACCGCUCUCGAGCGUCUGCACUUAUCAGGCGGAAGUAUGUUGACUAUUUCGGAAAAGUCAAAAUGAUGUAUGACGAUUACUUCCGAUUGACCCAGGGGUCAGAAUGA